AUGGAGGAGGCGGUGCCUUUGGUUCGGCCCAGGAUGAAGGAGGUGGAGAGGAGAAGAGGAGGAGGAGCAGUAGCAGCUCUAGCAGCAGCCUCUCUCCUCGUCCUCGUCGCUGUGGCCGUUCAUGGAGGCUCAUCGGGGUCCAGGGGGGUCAGGCGAGGAGUGCUGGCAGAGUCGCAGGCAGAGGACGCGUACAAGGAGUUGAAGAGAGUGUUGAAGGAGGACUCUCACAGUGGGCAGAAGCUCAGCAUGCAGAAGCUUCAGGAAGCAGCAGCACCCGCUGCUGAUGCGGCCGCUCCGGCUCCGGCUGAUGCUGCAGCUGCCCCGGCUGCUGCCCCAACCCCAGAGGCAGCUGCACCUGCUAAAGACGAGUCGCCCAUCAUGGAUCCUGAGGAGGCGAAGAAGAAGGCGGCAGAGAUGGCGAACAAGGCAGGAGAUGCCUUGAACAAGGCUGAACACGACCUCAUGGAUGCUGUCGACGACGUUCUUCCUGGCGGAGACCUGCUCUCAGCGCUCGGAUGGCACCUUGACCUUUGCGUCUACCUCAUCACCAUGUAUGCCAUCUACUACAUCUGGAAGUGCGAGAUCUGGCAGAAGUUCCUUCCUAAGUUCAAGUGGGACGAGGAUUCUUCUGCUGCCAAUGACAAGAAUAUCAAGCUGAACCAGAAGCACUCCAAGAUCGGGACUUGGUCUGACAAUCCUCAUGACAACCUUCCCAACGACCAAGAUCUGCUCUGGUUCAGGACGGCUCAUGGAGAGGAGCUGUACUGGAGUGAGAGCAAGAGAGUUCUCCCCGGAUUCAUCGACACGCUCAUGUGUGGUUGCGGCGGCAACGUGUACGCUCUGGCGGUCACCAGCAAGCGUAUUGUCAUCCAGAACGACAAGAGGUGCUUGUUCGGAUCGACUGUGCUCACAACCAACGAAGAGUCGAUCUUCCAUGAGCAUGUUCACAAGGCCUCCCUGCACACUGACGGAUCUCUCAACCUUGGUAUCUGUACCCUCCACUCGUCCGAGAUGCUGUCUGGAGGCUUCAACUGGAUCUUCCUCGGGUUCUUCGUUGACAUCGUCUUGGAAUGGAAACCGUCCCUUCUCAAGUUCAUCACCGACGAUCGUCUCGUCGGGUGGAUCAACAUGGUCCCCAAUGACGUUAUCUACAUGGUCUCUUCCAUCAUGGUGCUCUUCGGCGCCUUCCUCUUCGUCGCGCUGCUCUGGUUCCUCCUCGUCCCUCAGUCCGUCCUCGAGGUCGAGUACGUCAAGCAGGCAGGCGUGAAGACCUACACCAAGAAGUUCGAACUUCCUGUGCGCGAGGCUUAUCUCAUGCACGAUCACAUCAUGAGGGGAAUCUGUGAGAGGGUGUGA